AUGUCUACAUUACCAACGGAUUCUUUCAAAAUUUCCAUAACAACUACUACCACAACUGAAUUGACGUCACAGCCUUCACAACCUACCAGCUCUCCUGAACCUGAAAUUACUGUCUCAUUAGAUGUAACAACGCCGGAGAAUAUAACGAAAAAUAAUUCUCAAAUAUCUACAUUAUAUGCAAAUCAAGAGUUAAACCGAUCAGCAACAUCAUUAUCGUCUGCUGAUUAUAUAGUUCCAUCUAAUGACCCAAGAAGUUCAACACAAAUAUUCAAAUUACAAGAUAUCGAUUAUUCUAACUUCGAAGGCAUAAUUCCAUUAGGUUAUGGAAAAAGCAUUACAAUUUUAGUAUCAACAUGGAAAAAUGAUAAUGACAUGAUUAAAGUUGCUUUAAAGAAAGUUGAAUCUCUUGCAGCUUUUUCACAAGCACUUAAAGAGGAUUCCAAUGAUAGUGAAAAUCUUGGAAUCUCUAAAUCUAUACCUCAAAAAUCUUCAAUAUACCCAUCAUUACCUUACAUAGAUCCAAAUUAUUUUGCUUCCCCAACAUUGUAUCCGCGUGAUAAACAUUUGGAUAUUUAUUCAUUAGGUGUAAUAAUGCAUGAUAUUUCAAGUGGUAAACGACCAUUUGAAAAUUUACCAUAUAAUCAAUUUUUAGCUAUAAGAUUAUUCGAAGGGUUAAGAUUAAAACCUAUAAAUGGUACACCUCUUGAAUUAGUAGAUUUAUAUGAACAAUGUUGGGAUAUUGAUGCUAGUAUUCGUCCAACAAUUUCGGAUAUUUUGGCUAGGUUAGGUAGAUUAAAAUUAGAUUCGCUUUGGGUUGAUAAUGAUGAAAUGAUGGGAAAUCAUUUAAAAAAGAAUUUUGAGAAUACUAUGGAAUAUAAUGGUGAUAUUAAAGGUAUUAUUAUGGAGACUAAACAUGUCGUCUUUGGAUCUGGAAACGUUACUUUCUCUAAUGGAAAUAUAAGUUCAAUAAGAGAUAUCGAAAUUAAUGAAAAUGAAAUUUAUG